AUGUCCGAGGAAGAGCAACACACGCAAUCCGAAGUAACGCCAAAAGUUGAGGACGGUAACGCGCCGAUCAACGUGAAGGUCGUCACGUCCCAGGGGGAGGAAGUUUUCUUCAAGAUCAAGCGCAACACGAAGCUGAGCAAACUACAAGGCGCAUAUGCGAAUAAGGUGGGCAAGGACGUGGGCAGCAUUCGCUUUUUGUACGACGGGAACAGAAUAAACGAUGAUGACACACCCGCAUCGUUGGACAUGGAGGACAACGAUACGAUCGAUGUGAUGGUGGAGCAGGUCGGGGGUCAGGGGUCGAUGUGAUUCCUUUUGUGCAUUUAUAUUGCUUUCUGCCUAGGUUAUGUGUGUCUCUCUCCCGACUAUUUGCUACCCUUUUUCCUUAUUUCUCCUUAGCGCGUCUCUCUACGCUCCCGCCUGUCGUGUCAUCGUCGUAAUUCCAUCGAAUCAGCAAUGUAUCAACUC